AUGGGCAGGGCCGCCCAAGUGGCGCAGGAGUCCUCCGCGCGCCUGCAGAAAGCGCAGCUUGCCCAAGAAAAGCGGUCUGUUUUUGUGGGCAGGCCAUAUAUAGCUGUGCGAAAAUUGCAAAAAAUGCGGUUCAGCGCAAUAGUAAAGAAAGUGCUAGAAAAAGAGAAAAGAAUGAAAAUAGUGAUUCUGGGACCCGACAACGCUGGGAAAACCUCCCUUUUGAAGGCAUACCUGAAGACAGAGAUAUCAGACAUCAAGCCAACAUACGGGUACCAGAUCGUAAAAACAGAGAGGGAGACAAGAAAGGGAAAGUAUGUUCUGGAGCUCUUGGACAUAGGGGGGCAGGAGUCCAUACGAGCAUACUGGGACACAUACUACUCAGGGGUCGACGGCGUCAUGUUUGUAUAUGACACCCACGGCACUGCGGACUACAAGCGAAUAAUAAGGAGCACAAUCAGCCACCCGACCCUUCAGGAUGCAGAGUUUAUAUGCGCGUCAAACAAAGCCGACGGAACAGAGCAGGAAAGCAGCAAAUGCAUCCGAGUCCGCAAAAAAAAGAUGGACGAAUCCGCGCCGGUGGACUUUGACUUUAUGAAAAAGACGGCAAGCGAAGACGCAUGCUUGGACGAUGUGAGCUUGGAAAUUGUGUACACGUCGGCAAAAACAGGCAAAAACGUAGAAAGGGUGUUUGAAACACUUAUAGAAAAUAUUUUCAGAAAAAGAGAAAGAAAUGGCGUUCUGUAUUAA